UUUUAAUUCACAAGCAAUAUACAAAGAAUAGAACUUCGACUAGGAGAGAGAGAUAAGAAUGUUGUUUAUGAGAAAACUUGUAAUCACCGUCAGUCCGUCAGUGAAGUCCAAGCCAAUCUUCACCGCACAUCAGAGCCACGCAAGAGAUCCAACGGCGAUAACGAGAUUUCAAAUGGUCAGCCUCGUCUUGUAAAUCCCCCAAUUCCCAACCCAACCAUUUGGAGCGCUGUCUCGUUCUUCUCGUGUUUUAUAAGCAACAGAGAACCAACCACUGGGUGAUACAUUGAUACAAUCACACCAACAUACAGAGUCCCAGAGUUGGAGAGAGAGAGAGAGAGAGAAAGUGCAAGUGAAUCUAGAUCUUGUGCGAAGAAGCCAUGGCGAGAGGACCUCUCGCUUUUCAGCUAUGGAUCUCUGUGUGUCUUUUGCUCUUCUUUCGUGCUCGCUGCUUCUAUCUCCCUGGUGUUGCCCCUCAAGAUUUUCAAAAUGGAGAUCCAUUGAAUCCGAAAGUGAACAAAGUAACCUCUACAAAAACUCAACUUCCUUAUUCAUACUAUUCCCUCCCAUACUGUCGUCCAGAGCAUAUAGUUGACAGUGCAGAGAAUCUUGGGGAAGUUCUUCGUGGUGAUCGUAUUGAAAACUCUCCUUACGAGUUCAAAAUGAGAGAACCACAGAUGUGCAAUGUUGUAUGUCAUGUAACUCUUAAUGAAAAAUCUGCAAAGGAAUUUAAGGAAAAGAUAGAUGAUGAGUAUCGGGUCAACAUGAUUCUGGAUAAUCUCCCUCUGGUUGUUCCUGUACCAAGGCCUGAUCAGGAAAAUUCCUUAGUGUAUCAACAUGGCUUUCAUGUUGGUCUCAGAGGGCAAUAUGCUGGGAACAAGGAUGAAAAGCAUUUUAUCAACAAUCACUUAACAUUUACAGUCAAGUAUCAUAAAGAUCCAAUGACAGAAUCUGCCAGGAUUGUGGGAUUUGAGGUGAAACCAUUCAGUGUUAAGCAUGAAUAUGAAGGUGAGUGGAGUAAGAAGACACGAUUAACAACUUGUGAUCCCCAUGCAAAGCGCACAGUUACCAGCUCUGAAUCUCCUCAGGAGGUUGAAGAUAAAAAGGAAAUUAUAUUCACCUAUGAUGUUGAGUUCCAGGAGAGUGAUGUGAAGUGGGCAUCUCGGUGGGACACAUAUCUUCUGAUGGCUGAUGAUCAAAUCCACUGGUUCUCAAUUGUUAAUUCUUUGAUGAUUGUUCUUUUCCUAUCGGGCAUGGUGGCUAUGAUCAUGUUGCGGACACUUUACCGGGAUAUUUCCAAGUACAACCAACUAGAGACCCAAGAAGAAGCCCAAGAGGAGACAGGAUGGAAACUGGUUCAUGGUGAUGUAUUCAGACCUCCAUCAAACUCAGAUCUACUGUGUGUGUAUGUUGGGACAGGUGUGCAGUUCUUUGGGAUGAUUCUUGUCACCAUGCUCUUUGCAGUCCUUGGAUUUCUAUCCCCCUCAAACCGAGGUGGGUUGAUGACUGUCAUGCUCCUCCUCUGGGUCUUUAUGGGUCUCUUUGCUGGGUACUCUUCAGCCCGUCUCUAUAAGAUGUUUAAGGGAACAGAAUGGAAGAAAAUCACUCUCAAAACAGCUUUCAUGUUUCCUGCAACUGUCUUUGCCAUUUUCUUUGUCUUAAAUGCUCUUAUCUGGGGAGAGAAAUCCUCUGGGGCAGUGCCAUUUGGAACCAUGUUUGCUCUGGUAUUCUUGUGGUUUGGCAUUUCAGUUCCACUUAUAUUCGUUGGUGCAUAUGUGGGAUUUAGGAAGCCAGCAAUUGAGGAUCCUGUGAAAACCAACAAGAUCCCUAGGCAGGUCCCGGAACAGGCAUGGUACAUGAAUCCAGCCUUCUCUAUCCUAAUUGGAGGCAUACUCCCAUUUGGGGCCGUCUUUAUUGAGCUCUUCUUCAUCCUUACAUCGAUCUGGUUGCAUCAAUUCUAUUACAUAUUUGGGUUCCUUUUCAUCGUCUUCAUUAUACUCAUCAUCACUUGUGCUGAGAUCACAAUUGUGCUAUGCUACUUCCAGCUAUGCAGUGAAGACUACCUUUGGUGGUGGAGGUCAUAUUUGACCUCAGGCUCCUCCGCACUCUACCUUUUUCUCUACGCUGCCUUCUACUUCUUCACUAAGCUUGACAUUAAGAAGCCAGUAUCUGGAGCCUUAUAUUUCGGGUAUAUGCUGAUUGCUUCUUAUUCUUUCUUUGUGCUGACUGGUACUAUUGGUUUCUAUGCGUGCUUCUGGUUUACUAGGCUCAUCUAUUCAUCAGUGAAGAUCGACUGAUUAGUAGUCCUACUAUAAAGGAAACGGUUCAUUUGUUCUGCACGAGUAAGCACGGAAUUCACCUUGAUGGUACUUGUAGAAUGUCCUCGUGGAGCUACCAACUGGGUUCAAUUUUGAAUCUUGAGUCAUAGAAAUUCUUAUUCUUAGCCUUUCUCUAUACAGGUUCUUUGUCAGUUGUAGUUCUUUUUGUUUAUUUGUUCUUAUAUCAUGUCUUAUUUCUGUUCCAUACGAUUAACACUUGAGAGAAUUGUCAAUCUUCCUGUCGUGAAUGGCUCAAUGCCUAUUCUAGGAAUGAAAAUGGAAAUUCCUGUUGUACCUAA